AUGGCCACCGGCCACAUCUCCAGCGCUUCAAGCUCCACACAACAAGAAAGCCGCCCCCAAACCCCAAUCCCAGUUUCAGGAUACAUGGACGAAAAGAAAGCCCCGUCACAGGAAAUCGAACACCUCUAUCUAGACCUGGACACAACCCUCCCAACACCAUGCAUCACUGCACCCCCAGGACCAGGCCAGUCGGCGCCCCCCGACCCGCCCAAUCUCGCCAAGUACACCUCGCCGUUCCUGUGGCCGAAAUGGCGCAAGUCGCUGAUGACCUGGAUCUCGUGUGCGGUGACGGCGCUGGCGGGGUAUUCUGCAGGCGAGAUCACGCCGGCCUCGGGCCCCCUGACGCAGGAAUGGGACAUCAGCGCCGUGGUGUAUAACCUAGGCAUUACGAUCUUCUGCAUUGGAUUUGCGCUGGCCCCCAUGGUGCUGGCCCCGUUUUCCGAGAUCAAUGGGCGGCGCCCGAUUUUUGUCGCGAGUGGGAUUCUAUUUGUUGCUUGUAUUGUUGCGUGUGGCGGCACGAGGAUUUUUGCAGGGUUCCUCGUUGCCAGGUUUUUCCAGGGCGUUGGUGCUUCGACUUUCUCGACCAUGGUCGGUGGGGUUAUUAGCGAUAUCUACCACGCUGAAGAUAGGAACACGCCCAUGGCGCUCUUUGCUGGCGCGGCGCUGUUCGGUACGGGCCUGGCACCGCUGAUUUCGAGCGUCAUCGUGCAGCAUACAUCUUGGCGUUGGGUCUACUGGUCCCAUGCGAUCGUGUCUGGUGUGUUUGUGGUUAUUAUCUUCUUCUUCUUCAAGGAGACCAGAGGCAGCGUGCUUCUGAGCCGCAAGGCGCAUACCCUGAACAAGUACUACGACCAGCUCGAGGCCGCAGGCCACUUUGGCGUCUUGAUGGGCGAGAGCCCGAACCCCAGGCGUAUUCGGUGGAGGGUGAAGAGCGAUGAGCAGCGCGCCUCGCUGGUGCAGAUGAUUAGCAUUUCGCUGUAUCGGCCUUUCCAUAUGCUCGUUACCGAGCCGGUCGUCUUCUUCUUCUCCCUCUGGGUCUCCUUCAGCUGGGCUGUUCUGUACCUCCAGUUCGGCUCUGUGCCGCUCAUCUUCGAAAAGAACCACGGCUUCAACAUCGAGCAAGUCGGCGCCGUCUUCACCUCAAUGUGCGUCGGCUCCCUCCUCAUCACCAUCAUAAGCAUCUACCAAGAAAAAAUCGCCAGCCGCUUCAACCUCCUCCCUACCACCCCCGAAGCACGCCUCUACUUCGUCUGCAUUGAGAGCAUCCUCAUGCCCAUCGGCCUCUUCUGGUUCGGCUGGACUUCCUCCCCGCACAUCCACUGGAUAAGUCCGACCAUCGCAAUCGGGUGCGCCACCAUGGGCAUUUUCUCCGUCUACCUCGCCGUCUUCAACUACCUGGCCGACACGUACCACCGGUACGCGAGCUCGGCGAUCGCGGCGCAGAGCUGCUGCAGGAAUCUGCUCGGCGGCGUGUUUCCGCUUGUCGUGAAUGCGAUGUUUAAUAAUUUGGGGUUCCCUGAGGCGUCGAGUUUGUUGGGCGCUAUCGGGACCGCGUUGUGUGUUGUUCCUUGGGUCUUGGCUAUCUAUGGCCAGACUAUCCGGGGGAAGAGUAAGCUGGCGAGUGAGCUUGCCAAGUAG